AUGGCUUCGUCUCAUCAACUCCCUUCCGAGUUAUGGAUGGAAAUAUUCCGAUGGGCCACAGGGUCGUACGAAGUUGAAGGAUAUAGAAUAGAUUAUGAGCCUUUCGCCAGACUUCCGCUGCACACAGACGUUCAUGAACUCCUAUCGGUCCGGAGGGUUCUUGUUCUCGUUUGUCGUCGGUGGCAGUCACUAGCGAUGGAGUUGCUGUACAGUGAUUUGAUCAUCAGAAAUCACUCACAUGCGCUUCACGAAGCCUUGCGGAGAAGCGGCGGAGAACAUGGGAAACGGGCUCGCCGCGCUAUUCUACCUUACGCUGCGACGGUGACGCCAUCCUGUACACCCGUUACCUCCACAGAGAUUCUCAAUGUGUGCCCCUCUCUGCAAGUGCUAGUUCGACCACCUAUCGUAGCCCCUGCACGGGAGCUUCUUCGCUUUGAGUUCGAAGCUGGCAGAUGCCCCAACCUACAAUCUCUACGGCGGCUGGAGUGGUGGCACCAUCCAGAAGCAUCAAGAACCAAAGGCAUAAACAAGCUCGAAGACGUUCUGCUAUGCGCCCCGAACCUCGAACAUCUCUUCAUCGGCGGAAUUCCUUCAUACAGCCCCUCCUAUCAACAGUCACUCCACUUGGCCGCGUUGAAGACACUGCGUUUGAGGCUGGGUAACGGAAUGUACCUCUUUAAUGUGUGCAAGUGGUCGUUACCGUCGUUGACAACGCUCAUCAUUGAUGCGCCGAUGGGCAGUGGUGCUCUGGAUACCCUAUUCGCCGCAUACGGGGACCAACUUCGCACUGUUGAACUGGGAAAACACCUCGGCUUCCUGGCAAGUGAUAGCUUGGCGGCUUGUUUCCAGGGAUGCCCCAAUCUGGAGGAGCUGAAUUGCCGGAUAAUCUUUACUGCCGUCUGUAUGCGACCAGGGAGCUCGUCACUUCGAAGCGUGGGCUUGUUCUUGGAUCCUAUAUAUCAUUUCGAGGAAGUUCACGAGUGGAUGAUUAUCGAAUCCCACUUACAGACAUUCGCGAACAAGACCGCAUUUCCAUCGUUGGCGACGAUGCGAUUACUCGGAAGGUGGCCAACGAUGAUGCUGAAGCCGAAGUGGUCUUCACUGUACGAAAGCUUGAUUAAUAGAGGUAUAUCUAUAUUGAUAGAACCGGAGUCGUAG